GAAUUAUAUCAUAUAUAGAAUUCCUCGUAUUAUGUAAACUGUAAAGUUUGUAAACUGUAAAGUUCCCGAUUGUUAUUAGGCUUAUAUUUUAGGAGUUUAUAUUGUGUUAGGGUUGUGUACCUAAUUGUAUAUUAUAUAUACGUCAAUAAUAAUAUACAGAAGGCUAAGCCGUUUUCUCCUAAUCUACUCUGAGUUUAACAUGGUAUCACAGCCUCUCUAAGAUUAGAGAUUUAUUUCAAUCAUUUGUCUAAACACAACCCUAAAGAUUUUUUUUCCGCACAAUCAGUUGAGAGAAUUCCUGGCUUCAAUUAAUCGAUCAAGAGUUAUUAAUCUUGAUAAUCUCUACGCAAAUUAUUAUCGGACAAAGAUUGUAUCUUGUUCGUUGUUUUGCGCAAUUUCAAACAAGAGUGUCCUGCGUGUUGCCGUGUUCGUACUUCACGUUAUCACUCACCUGACAAUUCAAUUUGUCAAUUCCUUUUGUCUCCUAGUGCCAAAUAUACGACAACAUCGGUUUUUCCUUUGUUUCGCUCGUCGGUAAUUCAAUUAUUUGGCUACUUAAAGUUUUGUUUUCUUUUUCUCUAACAAAUUUAUAAUGGUUGAAGGGGAGAAGCCGAGUGGUUCCAGUACUACUCGUUAUGAACCAUUCACAGAUUAUUAUCUUCAUCCGAGUGAAGGUACUCACUUGGUAAUCAGCCCUAUCUUGCUUACGACGGACAAUUAUGAGGAGUGGUCUAGAUCUUUUCGUAAUAAUCUUCGCGCAAAAAGCAAACUUGGGUUCAUUGAUGGGUCUAUUACUAUGCCAGAUGAGGAAUCUCCCGAUUUUCGACAGUGGGGUAUUGUUAAUUCUACUAUUGUUGCUUGGAUUUAUAAUACUCUUGAUGCUAGUGUUCGGUCUAAUAUUACUUUUCCUGAUGAUGCUAAAAUUUUGUGGGAUGAUUUAAAGCAUACAUAUUCUCUUGGUAAUGGUCCUCGUAUUCUCGAAAUUAAACAUGCUAUUUCUGACUGUAAACAAAGGGGUAGGCCUGUUGCUACUUAUUAUGGUGAAUUACAUAAAUAUCAAAAUUUGUUGUCUAGUUACUCCAAAUUGCCUGCUUGUACUUGUUCUGCUGCGAGUGAAUAUGCUAAAAUUCGAGAUACUGAGAUGUUGCAUCAGUUUUGUAUUGGUCUUGACUCAAAGAAAUUUGGUACUGUGGUUUCUACAUUGUUAAUGAGUGAUCCCCUACCUACUAUGAAUGUUGCUUAUGCUAAGAUUAUUGCUGAUGAACGUAAACAAGCUGUGUCUGAGGCCAAUGAGGUCUCUCGUACUGAGGCGGUUAGGUUUACUGCUAGUGGUACGGCAUCUGGUCGUACAACAGAAAGGAGAGAAUGUAGUCACUGUGGCAAAUUUGGUCACAUUAAAGAGACAUGUUUUGAGCUUCAUGGAUAUUCCGAGGGUUCUCGCGGGGGUCGCACUGCUGGCCGUAGUGGCCGAGGUGCCCCCGGAGGUAGGAAUACGGGACGAGGUCGCGGUGGCUUCGCAGCCAAUGUUGGCGCUGGCACUGGCACAAGGGGUGGUGCACAUGAGCACCUGUCCGAGGCAGAUCGUGGGAGUGUACCCACUAUCACAGAUGCUCAAUGGCAUGAACUUAUGGCUGUCGUAAAGGGUUCAAAGGCUUCUACUUCGUCAGAUGCUAACAAACUUGGACCGCAGUUUGAGUCACCUGAUUGGCGCGGGGGAGCAGAUUAAUGGGGUCUAUAUUUUUCGUCCUGUUCGUGCUCGGAGUCUUCAGGCAAACAAAGUAGUGGUUUCAGAUGCAAGUUUGUUAUGGCAUAGGCGUCUUGGUCAUCCGUCAAUACAAGUAGUCUCUUCUCUUCCUGGGGUGACUUGUAGUCGUAGUAAUGCUCAUAGUAGUCGUUCUUGUUCUUUCAAUUGUGAUAUUUGUUUUAUGGGGAAGCAACCCCGAAACUCGUUUCCUUUAAGCAAUAAUAAAGCAUCCGGAAUAUUUGAUUUAGUA